UCCACUAAAGAAAGGAGGGGGCUGCUGUGCACCAGUCGGAGGUGUCAGCCUGUCGCAGCGGCUUGGGGCUGACAUUAAGAAGAGCGCGUCCAUGCUUCAGCGGGGAGAUCCGUCGCAAUUUCGAAGGUGCUGAUACUCCGACUGAACUGGUUCCAGGCAGAUACACAUCAGACCGAGGAUACAUGGAUGGACGGAGACAUAGUGCAAUCAGAAUUAACUUGUCAGCCGGUGCGAGGAAUCUCUGGAUGCAAUGGGGAAUACGACACCCAAACCUUUAAUAGAUGCAACUCUGCAACCCCGUCCGGUGGCCAGCAGGCAGUACUACAAUCUUCCGAACAAUGGGGCCGGAGUGGAGAGGAGAACGUCUGCUGCUCCGGUCAGCAUCAACAUGGAGUCACCUCGCUUUCACCCCCACGCCAAAGGCAAGAACAUCAGGCUGGAUGGGCAGCUUCGCCGUGCCACACGCAAGAACAGCUUCUGUAAUGGCAUCACUUUCAGCCACAGGCCUGUCCACCUCUAUGAGAAGGUGCGUCUUCGCCUGAGUGGUGUGCACACUGGCUGGAGUGGAGCUCUACGCUUUGGUUUCACCAGUUUGGACCCCAGCGAAUUGGUCGCUACAGACAUCCCCAAGUACGCUUGUCCAGACUUGGUAACACGGCACGGCUACUGGGCCAAAGCUCUGCCUGAGAGACUGGCCUUGAGGGACAACGUGCUGUCAUUCUGGGCUGAUCGUCAUGGAAGAGUUUUCUACAGCAUCAACGAAGGAGAGCCCAUCCUCUUCCACUGUGGGCUCAGCAUCGGCUGUCCACUCUGGGCCAUCAUAGAUAUCUAUGGCAUCACUCAGGAGGUCACACUGCUUGAAAGCACGUUUGCUGAGAGUGUGGGAUCCAGCUGCCUGAGUGCGGCCCGCCUGAGUGCCUAUCUGCCCCAGAGCAGCCACGACUCAGCCAAUUACAGCAACAAUCAACUGGAGAACAACCAGGCUGCUGCUGCCAAGAUGGCCAACCUCCAGAUCAAUAACUACACACAGCUCACCCCCUGCUGCUCCUCCACCUCUUCCUCCUCCACACUGUCCUCAUCUGCCUCCACUGGAUUCAGCACCCCUAGGGUGGUCCGGGGUCUUCCUUCUCCGCUUGACAAUGACUUGCACUUUCACCCCGUCCGCGGCUCUGACGUAAUACUCUCUGCAGACCGCUCGGCCGCCUGCAUCCACUUUCUGGACAGCAGUCGGACUCUGGUAUUCAGUGACCGGCCGCUGCAUGUAGGUGAGACUUUGUACGUGGAAGUCGGCCACCUGGGCCUACCCUACUUUGGGGCGCUGUUGUUUGGUUUAACAUCCUGUGACCCGUCUAGUCUACAUGCCGGGGACUUACCGGCAGACCCUGAAGUUCUCCUGGACCGUAAAGAGUAUUGGGUAGUGCAUCGGGGCUUCCCCAUGCCUUGCUCUGGGGACGUGCUCAGCUUCAGUCUGCUGCCCAGCGGAGAGGUGCACCACGGGGUGAACGGAGUGGGACGUGGCAGGCUGCUCUGUGUGGACUCCUCUCAGGUCCUGUGGGCCUUUUUCAGCCUGCAUGGGGCUGUCAACAGACUCAGGAUACUAGGAACUCUGCAGUGCAGUCCUCCCUCCACAUCUCCCAGCACUUCUCAGAGCAGCAGUCCAGACGACAGUGACUCAGACCUGGCGUUCAGUGUCAACAGAUCCUCCUCUGCCUCUGAAUCUUCUCUGGUGACUGCUCCCAGCUCCCCUCUCAGUCCCCUUGUCUCUCCCACUCUCACCGCCUCAGAACUGCCCUCUGCUGGUAAAAACGGAGAAUGCUCCAUUUGCUUCGACCAGGACGUGGACACGGUCAUCUACACCUGUGGACACAUGUGUCUGUGCAAUGACUGCGGGCUUAAGCUGAAGAGACAGAUCAAUGCGUGCUGUCCGAUAUGCAGGAGGCCUAUCAAAGAUGUAAUCAAAACGUAUCGGCCGUGAACGUCCAGAUGUUUUACACAAACAGGUGACAUGACUUUCCCUGCUGGAUGCCACCUGCGUCCCCUUCUCAGGCUUGGUUGGACAGGGCUCUUGGUCCCGAUCGGAGAUUAGCCACACCAGAACAUUAUUGUGCCUAUAUUUCCAUUGAAUCAUUUCUGGAGAUGCUCUUCGUAUGCAGAGCUAUGAUGGAGCUCAUCUUAUUACAUGGACUGAUGCAUGAGCUCCUUUGUUUUGUCUGAAAAAGAAGAGCUGUCUCAUGUGCUCCUGUUUUGUAUUUUCAAUGUGAUGUCUCUUACGUCACAUGUAUUUGCUGAAUAUCCUGCUGUCAAUAUUUUGUCCUUAACCGAUAUUGUCCUAAAUGUAUGUGUGCUUCAGCAGAAUAUGUGGACCGUAGUGACUUAUAGUGCCUUAGAUCUUUGUCACAUAGUGUGUCCAAGUAAUCAUGCUAACAAUCCUAGCCAUAUUUUCAAUGUACAGUAAUGAAAGCUUGUGGCGAAAAAGACACGCAGAUACAGAAUACAUGCAAUAAAAGGUGUAAUGGUAAGUGGAAAGAUGUAAGUGUAUGGUAAAUGUGUUCAAUGGCUUGCUUUAAGAAAAGACAUAUCUGGAUUUGCACUUUGAGAGAUUAAUAAACGUGGACUAAGUAUGAUUAAAAUGUGUGUAGUUUAAUUAAUAAGACUUCAUUUAAUAACAUUCCAAGGACCAGUGAGUAGGAGUUAGUGACAUCUAGUGGUGAGGUUGAAGAUAGCAACAAACUUACUACCCCUGCGAUCGCCUCUCCUUUUCUAAGAGUGUUGCAGAACUGCGAUGGCCCUCAGGUAAUGUAACAAUGUGAAAGACUCAUCUAGAGCCAGUUUGGUUUGUCCAUUCUAGGCUACUGUAGAAACACGGCCAUGCAACAUGAUGGACUGCAGGAAGAGGACUGGCUCCCUAUGUAGGUAUGAAGGUCUCAUUCUAAGAUAACAAAAA